UCAGAGAAUAACAAUUAAUUUGCUAAAACUUUUGAAAAGUUCUUUAUGUGCCAGCUAUAAUUUAUUUUAUUUUUUUCUUGCGUUGAAGCUCAGAGUGAAAAAGAAUAAAUAAAUAAUAAAUAAAUAAAUCCAAUCAAUUACUUGAUAUCUUGUGUACUUCGGUGUACUGUCCCCACAGUCUCGUCUUUGUCUCAUUAAAAAGGCUCACAUAUUGGCUUUGACCCUGCUACUCUUUUGCACACCAUUCAAUCCACAAUUACUUGGCUUCUUCUUCCUCCUUCUCCGCAGCCAUGGAUGCAACUUCAGUAGCAGCUUCAACAAUGAAAGCCCUCAACUUCCUAGCAACUUCAACCACCCGCAGAGUCGCUAACCCUAUUAACUUCUCUGCACCAAGGCCUUCCAAUACCAAACCAAACCUCCUCACACUUUAUGUCCCAAAUUCUAACCCCAGAAACAAUGACCUUUCUCUCACCCGCUGCUCCUCAAAACCAGACACCAAUACUGACAAUGUAAAGGACCAAAAUCCCACCAUUGAUAUGGAUUUAAACUCCAAAGACCCAGAAGCAUUAAAACCCGAUUCGAAUGAAACACCUUCUUCUACUUUAUCAUCACCAUCUUCUUCUACUUCUUCUUCUUCAGGAGGGUUGGUUUUCGAUUUGGGUGUGACAAGUUCAUGGGACAGUGCAGAAAUUGGGUCACCGGUUGUGAAGAGGUUCCUCAGCGAUGAGGAAGAGAGGUGGUAUAUGUGGUACUAUGGGAAAUCCGAUUCAAAUUCAAACCCAGGUUUGGAUUCAAUCGGAUUAGCAGUUUCAAGCAAUGGAAUUCACUGGGAGCGAGGUAGGGGAGCUAUUCAAUCGAGCAGCGAUGUGGGUUCGGUGAUGAACUGUGGGAAAGAUUGGUGGGCAUUUGAUACUCUGAGCAUUAGACCCUCUGAGGUUGUGAUAAUGUCCAGUACAAAAGUUAGAUCGUCAAGUGCCGUUUAUUGGCUCUACUACACUGGUUAUACUUCAGAAAAAGCUGAGAAUUUUGGUAAUUCUUUGGAAAUAAGUUUGGAAAACCCAGAAAGGUUUCACAAUGAUGGAGGUUCUGGUGGGAAGAUUUUCAAGUCUCUGCCUGGUUUGGCAAUAAGUCAAGAUGGUAGACACUGGGCUAGAAUUGAAGGUGAGCAUCACAGUGGAGCUCUAUUUGAUGUAGGAUUAGAAAAAGAAUGGGAUUCUUUGUUUAUUGCAUCCCCACAGGUUGUUUUCCAUACCAGUGGUGACCUCAGAAUGUAUUACCAUUCAUUGGACAUUGAAAAUGGGCAAUUUGGCAUUGGAAUUGCAAGGUCAAGGGAUGGAAUUAGAUGGGUGAAAUUGGGGAAGAUAAUUGGGGGAGGAAAAAGUGGUUGCUUUGAUGAAUUUGGUGUGCUUAAUCCAAGGGUGGUGAGGAAUAGAAAAGAUGGGAAAUAUUUGAUGGCAUACGAAGGUGUUGAUGCAAAAGGAAAGAGGAGUAUUGGUUUGGCAGUGUCUCCUGAUGGAUUGAAAGAUUGGACCAGGUUUCAAGAUGAGGGUGUUCUAAAGCCAUCAAUGGGAAAUGGGUGGGACAACAAAGGGGUUGGAUCUCCAUGUUUGGUUCAUAUGGAUGGAGAAGAAGAUGAAUGGAGGAUGUAUUAUAGAGGUGUUGGGAAUGGAGGAAGAACAGGGAUUGGUAUGGCUUUGUCUCAAGGAAGUGAUGUUGGAAGUUUUAGAAAAUGGACAGGUUUCCACUUGUAAGAUUUUAAAUGUUUAUUCUGUUACAUGUUUAUAUCGUAAUAUAAUAUUCCCACUUUCUUUGAA